UCACGAGCGAGAAGAAGGGGAAGGUUUGCCGCUUGCUAGCGUUAAAUAUGGAGGUUGCCGAACAUGAGGUGAUGACGCUGGAGCUUCAGGACUUCAGAGAGCCAGAAAAUACUACAAAAUACAUGCAUACCGUGAAAUAUGAGCCAUCCUCCUCUGCAAAUGAAAUCAAAACGCAACUGCACAGUGAUGUUGUUUUGGACGAUGAAAAUCUACAAAAGAAACCCGUGGUUGUUUUGGUGCGUCUCUCUGACUACAAAGUUAAUACCCUUCAACCACCAACACCUCAGCAGUUCUACAGCGAAGUUGAGUCCCCCGGCAGCUCCGACUCUGAUAUGCUGUGGGAACCAGCAGACGAUUCCGGAGAUUCUGAUUUUGGAGCUUCAAAAAAUAAAAGGAAAGCUUCACAUAAACACAAAAGUUCAAAACACAAAAGGUUGAUGGUAGUGAAAGUGCCUCCACCAUCUGUGAACAUCAACAACACCAACAGUGGUACCAGCAGUUCCAGCAACAUUGCUACCAACAGUUCUGGCAACAUUGCUACCAACAGUUCCGGCAACAUUGCUACCAACAGUUCCAGCAACGGCAACAGCAGUAAAACAGCUGUUGAAGCAACCCCCAUCAUUGUGUCGUCGGCUUUUGCCACCAACUCGAGUGAAACGAGAAAAGUGCGGCCGGACUUACCCGAGGUAGAGAUUACUGUGGACAUGGUCGUCCUGGCCAGAAGGAGAGCCAUGAGGUGGCAACGAGGCAAGAUAGUGGAGAUAAUUAGCCGGGAUGAUGGACGGGUAAAGUACAAAGUAAUCUUUGAUGAAAAGGGGAAGAGUUUGGUAUCAGGACACCACAUCGCUAGUGACACCAAUCCAAAGCUGGACCAGCUGUACGUCGGAGCCCGUGUUUUAAUUCAGUCCCCAGAAGAUCAGCAAUGCUUCCUGCCUGGACUUCUGGCCGAGCUCCCCAGCAGAAAGAACCGCUUAAGGUUUUUGGUGUUCUUGGAUGAUCAUACACCACUCUAUGUCAGCUUACCUUCGCUCUACCUCGUAUGCAGACAAAUGGACAAUACUGUAGGCGACCUUCCAGAUGGCCCACACAAGUGCUUUAUGGAACAAUACCUGAAGACCUGGCCGUAUCCACACCUAACCCACUACAAGGAAGGACAAAGCCUCAACAUAGAACUGAACGGAGUCCAUCAGAAAUGUCAAGUUGAAGUGGUUGAUUGCAGCUUGAUGAAGGUUGUUUUUGAGGAGAACGGAGAAAAGGACUGGGUCCACCGAGGCUCCAUACGUCUGGAACACAUGUCCAAGUUUUUGGAGAUGAAACUAAAUCGAGAAUCUGAGGCCGGCAAUUCUAACCCUAAAUGACCUAUAAAUGGACAUUAGAGAAAGAAAAUAUUAAAUAAAUCAACGUUAAACAUUUGCUAUCACAUGAAAUACAAGAAAGCUUUCAAGCAUGGAAAUACCGACGGGAAGUGAAAAAGGUGUAAAUAUGUCCAAAUAUUGCAGUUGAUUUUUUUUUCUUUCUUUUUAAAUCUAUUUCCAACUCUGUGGAUAGAAACCAUGCUAAAAGUAACUUGUUAAAAAAAAGAAAAAAUGUGAAAGUACCAGUUUUCUCCGAGAAUGAUCACACCCUUAGCCCAAUAGAUUGAAAAUAUAUACCUGUGAUUAUAACAUCCAUUAUUCAGGAUAAUUUGAAAGGUUUUGAUUUGAACACAGCUUAUCAGGUUUAAUGACUCUUAUAUUUUCUACCCCUAAAUUGUUCUUAAAGAAUCCCCCCCCCCCCCCCUCCCCUGUGCAAUUCAUGUAUCUUACAACUGUAUUUUGUCCUUACAAGUAAUUGAGGCAAAAUUCACAAUUCAGUUCUUUAGCAGUAGUUAAGGCAUUUUAGUGAAUGGUCUUUUCCUUUAUUGUUUUUCAAUUCUACUUUUUUUUUUUUUUUUGGUUCUGUAAAUAUUUUUACUAUUUAGUUAAAGAUGUGUUUUUUAAAACAUUAUUUUCCCUCUUUUCAGUAGACAACUUAGCUCCCCAUGCCUAUUAUCCCAUGUCUAUUGUUUUGUUUCAUUAUAAAAAGCAAAAAAUAAAGUUUGUACAUGUGAUUA